CACUGUAGUGCAGUCAAGACACAGUCCAGGGAGGCACUUUGGGCUGUGUGUGCUUUGGUUAUAGCGUCAAGCUUUCCUGGAUGACUAUGAACGUAACUGCCAUCAAUGAAGGACCACAAUACGACACUCCACUGGGGAACUUGUACACACCUUUUUCAAAGGUCACUGACCUCUGAGAAAGGAUUAAUCCAGUUUCACUCUUAUUUCUCAAUGACACUGAACUUUCAUGUAUCGGAUAAGCAAUUUUAUCAAGUGAGGAGAUGGCCAAGGUGUACAGACUCUAUGUAGGAAUAGUAACAGCUCUGGCCUUAUGCAAAUACUCCCUGGCAGAAUGGAAUACCACAGACAAGUCUGCCAAUCGGACUGUGUCCCAUUGUCAUCACCAUGGCAACGGAGACAAUUGCACAGCAGACACAAUAGAUACAGGGCAGUGGAAUGGCCACUUCUCAAAAUGUCCCGAGGAGCUAACAUACUACUGCAUCCACGGGGAUUGUCGUUACAUUAAAGAACAGAAGGCACCGUCUUGCAGGUGUCACCAUGGUUACACUGGCUCCAGGUGUGAAUAUGUGGACCUGGGCCCGCGGAUCGGAGAGAAACGACAAAUCAUAAUUGCCUGUGUCAUCACCGGGCUCGUUUUCCUCAUUCUUCUCAUUGUAUUCAUCUGCUUUUGUUCACAUCGUAGGUUCAGAUUGUGUUGGCGGAGGAGAAGACGGAGAGAAGAACCAAGGAACGGGACUGAAAAGCUUAACAUGAUGGACACCAGCACAACACACACACCUUUAACGGCAGACUCAACAGAGCCACCACACACCAAUGCUGUAUGAGAAGUGUGUGUGAGUACGUGUGCUACCACAAGUCUGGGGAUUGUUUAGACAUGAGGGAUUUUGUUCUCCAUGUGACAGCUGCUGCCUUUUGUCUCACAGUGAUGGCAGCGUGCUAUAGGAGGUCCUCUGUGCUGGAUGGAACUAGGGCCUGCUCAAGGGGAAGGACAUUUCUGAAUAAAGGCUGCGUUAGAUCAAGCAAGAGCACGAGGUUUGCACCCUCCUCUUAAAGGACAGCCUGUCCAACUUUGAUGAAGCUUCAGAACAAAGAAGAUGCCUCCCUGGAUUUACGAUAAACACAGAUUGGAGAUUCAGCUGGUUGAAUGUUGGCAAGGACACUUUUUUCCCCUCAAAUGGCGUGGAGCCACAUCCGCUUGAAGCCUUACCACUUAGCACUCCUGACUGCAUAGCACUAAAUAAAUUGUUGCUAUGUUGGAAAAAGCUGUGACACCAGCUGGCGGCCGGUGAUAACAGUUAUCAGGUUAUUGGUCUGCGCGGAAGACACUGAAAAAUAAGAGGAAAGGCACUGUGUGAAGACACUACACUCCAUGUUCUCUUUGGGGAACUCGUAAAUAAAUCUUUAAAUGUAUAGAAAUAUGCAAUAUUAUAAGUACCAGCAGCUACAGAUUCAGUGUGCUGUAACUUUGUGUUAUAUUGUUUCUACUUUGUUUAGUGUCAUUUCACACAUGCACAGUAUUGAUAUUUCACAAUCUUCAUUACAAAAUCAACAGUUAUCAUCAUUUAUUCCUCUUAUCCACUGCAAUGUCACCACGUAAACUCACUAAAUAUUGUUACUCAUCAACCUUAGCAAUGCAAGAAGAGACUUCUAUAUACUAAAGACUGCAGUUCUGGACUCCCGGGUCGGAGGAGGACAAGGAGAACUUGUGCUGGAGGCUUUUUUGAACUGUAUAUUUGGAGCCGAGCAGCCUCUGAGCGACAGAGGCAGCCUGUGUGUGGAGGCUCAACUGAGGUGAAAGUGCUCCACUGUAUGAGACAGUUUCUAAGAUGCCAGCCUUUCACUGGGCUUUUAAUGUGUAUCUGUAUGUGUGUUAACUCAGCAUCUAAAUGUAGAAUGAAGAGAGGUAGGACACGUUAAGUCUGUUUAUAUAUCACCUAUCAAUAAAUAUGUCUGCUGUAUGUGUGCUGUCCAUUUGAAUCAUUCGGCACAAAUCUAAUGCAACGAGACCCAGAUUACGCAGUGUUUUCUAAGAACUCUUACUCACAAUGCCCUCAGUCUGUAGACUGCUUUGAAGAAUGCUCCUUGAACUGCUGUAACCCUUAUUACAGAUAAACAGUUUCAAUUUUAAAAAGUUUGAAUCAAAUAUGUGCUUUUUUGUACGAUAUUAUAACAUAAACAAAUGUGCAAAACAUGUUCAAUUUUGGUAAUGUCUAUGCUCCCUUUCAGGUGAUUGUACUUUGUUUAUAGUUUUAUUGUGUUGUUGUGCUGCUAUGGUGCUGUAUUACCAGCUAGAGCCAGAAAUGUCAUGUUGCAGGAGCCAACAAAUUCCAAUGUGAGAGUGUGAACAUAAUGCAGUGUCGUCCUCUGACAUACUGUAAUGUGACUUAAUCCUAUUGGCAUGAGGGAAUUAUCUUGUAUCUCACUUCGUCCUUGAUUCUAACACUGUUUUAAAUGUUAUCCUUUAAAAUGUGCUGGGUAAUCCACCAGAAAUCAAUAAUAUAAGAAGAUUUAGAUGUAUGACAUCGAUAGCAUCCCAAUGGAAAGUGGGGGAACAGGUGGCAAAGCUAUAUGAUCAUACUAGGGCUGUCCCCGAAUACAGAUGUUCCUUGUCGACUAGUAGUUAUUAGUUUAACAGAACGUUUUUGAUAUGGACUUAAUUAUUUAAAUAUAUAUAUAUAUAUAUAAACAGCCGCCUGUUAAAUUAUACCGGAAAAAGCUCUAAUAAUUCUGAAUGUGUUGGAACAAGCAAGGAUUUAGUUGAUUUAUUUCAACACAGUAUAACAUUACAGAAGUCUUGUUGUUCAAAACACGGAAUAAUAGAUCCUCAUAAAUGAUGUAUGAGACUGAUCGCAUAACAAUGGAAAGUAGGUGAAGAGGUGGCAAAGCUAUGUUUGCGCAGUCAAUUUUGUUAUGUUUUGACUAAAACAUCACCACACUUGAGAAUGGUAUUGAUUACAUUAAUGAAAACAUAGUUAUAAAUAUUAUUUUCCAUUUCUGCCAAUAGAUCUUCAUAAAUGUUGCACACUGGACCUUAAAGUUACUGUAUCUUCA